AUGUCGCAACAAAUUGAUGCGAGGCAACGUUCGUAUGUGCAUUACUAUUGUCCCUGCCCCGAUGUGUCCAUAUCUAAUAAUACGGAAGAAGAGGAAGAGGAAGAUAUCGUAGAGUCUAUUCCUGAAUUUGACGUUAACUCUCCCCGCGUUCAGUUUUCUACUUUCUCUAUGUCAAAAUUAUAUUUUUGUGAUGAUUGCCACCAAAUACGUUGUCCGAGAUGUGUACAGGAAGAAAUAGUUUGUUAUUAUUGUCCAAACUGUUUGUUCGAAGUGCCAACUGCUAGUUGUCCUAUAUGUCAAAAUACACUUUCAGUUGUAGCUUCCACUGAACCCCCACCACCGCAAACCUCUGCCCCUUCUAACUCCUCCGCAUCAACAACAAGUGGUGCUCCUUAUUAUCUUUCAUGUGGUGUUUGUCGCUGGGACUCUCAAGAAAUAGGGAUGACUUUUGAAAAGGCAACUGGAUUAGCCUUACAACUUCAAAAAACUGAAGAUGAAAGACCUGAUGUUAAAGAGUUUGAUCAUCUCAAAGAUCAUUUUGAAAAGCAUUUACGUCUCAGUGCUCCAUCUACUACACUUCCUUCUUCAUUGUUGUCGAUCCCAGGAAUAAGCGGUUUCAGUAAUCGAUAUGGUGGUAGUGGAUUUACUCAUCCGCAACAAAAGUCUGAUGAUGUUGCAAAAUAUGAUGCUAUUGUAAAAGUUGAAAGUGAUGAUAGUUUAGUUCAUGAUUUAGUUCAAUUGAAAGAUGUCAAUCAGAUUACCACAUUGACACAGAGAAUGAAUCAACUUAGUGACCAACCUUACAAAGUGGAGCGGCUUCAACCUCAACGCAUACAUCUUCGCACAAAACGCGUGAAACGAUGUCGUUCAUGUCGUCAUAUUCUUAUCAAACCUGAGCAAAAAGCUCAAGCUACAAGAUUUAAGAUUAAACUUGUUGCCUUUUUACCAAAACUUAUUCUCAACCAAUGUACACGAAUCGUGCUAAAAUUUGCUAAUCCGUUAUACGAGGAAAUCAUAGUUGAUUUGGCAUUGAAAGAUGAAACUACUGAAUAUGCCAAGAUUACAUUACUUGCCCCACAUUUCAAUAUAACUCCUUACAAUGAAGUUUGGGAAUAUGAUGAACAAGAUCUUAUUUCUUCAAAAGGUCGCCCACUUUCAAUUACAAGUGCUCCAAAGGUUGAUUCUGGUAUUUACGAAAGGCGUGGCAAUUAUACGAGUGUUUUGGUUGAAAUAACACCAUUGGCCGAAGUCGAUGAACUUAAAGUUUGUAAAAUUUAUUAUAACCUUUAUUUUUUUAUUACAAAAUUCAAAGUUAACGAUAAUGAUAAUAAUGAGACUUCUGGGGAUGCACCAGUUAACGAUUCAUCAACUGCUGCAGAGACAGCAUCAUCUGAUAAACCGGACGCUGAUGCUGAUAAACCGAACACUGAUACUGAUAAGCCGAGCACUGAUGCUGAUAAAUCGAAUACUGACGCUGAUAAAUCGAAGUCUGAUGACAAUAAAGGUGAUUCUACAUCAUCUACUCCAAAUACAAAAAGCUUAUUCUUUUGGACCGUUAUUGGAUUGGGGCCUGUGGUUAGUCAGGUUGCAGCUAAACCCCCAGCAUCUACUCGACCUUCUCUUACUAGUAAUAAUAGCAAUGUUACACCCACUCGUACCAAUGUCAAAUAA